GGGCUGAGGUGGCAAAUCUAGAAUUAUCCAUCACUCACAGGAUUUCCAGAACUUUCUCACUCUUUCUCUUCUGUGCUUCGUCCACCGUCUCUAGCACCUUCGAAAUCCCCUUAUAAAUUCCAUCCCAGACCUUUCAGCAAAGUCGAUAGCUAUCGGGAAGAGUCUCAAACGGUUGCAUUUUCUAGAUUUCUGCUUUCCAAUCGAAGCUCUGCAACAAUGGCGUCCUCACUUGCUCUGAAGAAGCUCGUCUCCUCAUCUCUGCUUCCCAGCUCUCUUCGCAUGGUUCGCCCGAUGGGAGCCGCCGCCGCUCCGUCAGCCUCCCGUCUCUUCAACACCAACGCCGUCCGCAAUUACGACGAAGACGGAGACGAACGCCAGAUGGAUGUAGAUCGUCGCUCUCGCCGCCCGUUCCCGCGCGGCCGCGACGAUUUCCUCUCAGAGGUGUUCGAUCCGUUCUCGCCGACGAGGAGCUUGAGCCAGGUGCUGAACCUGAUGGACCAGUUCAUGGAGAAUCCCCUGCUCUCCCCGGCACGCAGCGCCGGAGGCGGCGGAGUCCGGCGGGGCUGGGACGCUCGGGAGACGGACGAGGAUCUGCAGCUGCGCGUGGACAUGCCUGGGCUGGGGAAAGAAGAUGUGAAGGUCUUGGUGGAGCAGAACACCCUGGUGAUCAGGGGCGAAGGAGGGAAGGAAUCGGACGACGAGGAGAGCGUCAGGAGGUACUCGAGCCGGAUCGAUCUGCCGGAGAAGAUCUACAGGACGGAUCAGGUCAAGGCGGAGAUGAAGAACGGAGUGCUGAAGGUGACGGUGCCGAAGGUGAAGGAGGAGGAGAGGAAGGAUGUGAUUAAUGUCAGCGUUGAUUGAUUACCGCGCGCUGGUGUUUUUCUUUUUCCAGAGUGUGCACUUUCAAGGGUUUAGGGUUUUGUCCGAAUAAACGAAGCUGUGAAUGUUGACUUCUAGCAGUGUUUUGGAUGGAAAUGUGAUUUAGUGUUCAUCUUCGUAGACGCAAUUAAAGUUUAAAGACCGUCACCGGAGUUCUUCAUUCAUACUUCAGUUUGUAACACAUCCAAAUUGAAGAGCAGAAACAACAAAAGGUACAAAUUAGAUCAAUUAGAGAGAAGAAAUGGAACGUUUUUAAGUGGUGAGACGUGAAUGGUACUUUCUGAACCACAUGGAGCAAUCCCUGAGCUGGACGGCGCCACGGAUGGGAUUGUCGUCGCAAUUGCCGGAUUUGAACUUGUUCUUCGCAACGAGGAGGCACCCCCAGCAAUCGAGAUUGCCGAGCUGCUUGUCGCACGUUGCCCCGCCGGUGGCGCGGGUGCCGGAGUGGCAAUUAGCCGGGAAGUCACGAGUGUACCUGUAGUCUUCGUCAUCGCCACGCUCCCUGUGCACCUUCCUCGUCUCGUCCACCAGCUUGUCGAUGAGGUUCGCCACGUUUUUGCUGUACAGCUUGUUCUCCGUCCACCCCGAGCAGGUCGGCCCUCGGACGACGGUUGAGUUGCCGUGCCUGGCUUCUGCGAAGCUCGAAAGGCCGACGAAGAGGAGAACUGCCAGCACUGCCAGUUUCGACAUGUCACGAUCCAUUUUGGGCAAUUGCGCACUUUUCUUCUUCACCCCCGCUG